GACUUCUCCAAAACGCAGACACAAGCAAGCCGGCAUGGAUGUCUUUAAGAAAGGCUUUUCCAUCGCUAAAGAGGGGGUGGUGGCAGCAGCCGAAAAGACCAAGCAGGGAGUGACCGAAGCUGCAGAAAAGACCAAGGAAGGAGUGCUGUACGUAGCUGACAAAACCAAAGAGGGGGUCGUGCAGAGCGUCACUUCAGUUGCUGAAAAGACCAAAGAACAGGCCAAUCUGGUGGGCGAAUCUAUGGUAUCCAGUGUCAACACGGUGGCAAAACAGACUGUAGAAGGAGCAGAAACUGUCGUCGCCAGCACUGGGGUUGUUAAAAGGGAGGAUUUGGAGUACCCUGAGCAGCCUGGAGAGCCACCUGCUGCUGCUGCAGAAGACGAUGCCCCAGUGGAAGCCACAGAAAUCAGUGCCGAGGUAAAGCACAGUCACAGCCCAGCUAACCCAAGAAUCCUUGGCUGGUCUGGGGUUGUUCUCGCCAUCUAUUGUUCUUUCCUUACUUUCUCUGUGCUGAGCUGGUUUCCAUUUCUUUUCUGCAUACAGGGUGAAAAUGAAGGCAAUUAACCCUCCUCGGGUCUCCUAGUGUGAAAAAAUGUGAAUCCUGGGAGUAAAUACAGAAAUGGUAGCUGAAACCAGAGCAGGGAACUCACCCACAGCCUAGGCUAACUUCAUUCAGCACUUACAGUCUUUCACUUGCCUUGUACCAACAUAUCCUAGAUGUCUGGCAGACUCCCGGUCAUAUGUUGUAGGGUAAUUGUGUGCUACGCACCUUGUGUCUCUCCCUCGCCAUCCCCCGUUGUGGCUUCUGCCCUUACCUGUCUUCAAGCCUUCUCGAAAGCGCCGUUUGGUAGCUGCGUUGGGGCACAGCUGUGGUUGGAAUUGCUGAUUAAUGUCUUCUACCCAUUAGCAUCAGCACUCAAGAUCCCGAGAGAUGGCGGACAUUUUUUUUUUCUAAAGAGACAAAAUAAAACAACUUGUUUCAACUA